UUCCCAAAUCACGUGGUGAUCGCUGUCGCAACUCUCUCGCUCUCAACGGCUCUGAUUUACAGGGGUUUCACAUGUAAAUCGAAACUAAGUUUGAGUUCGUCGUGGGAUAAGACACCAUUUCUCAACGCUGUAAACCAAAGCUUACAACUUCUGUCUUAUUUAUCGGUCAGUUUGAGAUUGAGAAACCAGAAUGUCUCACACUGUCGUACCCAUGAACUCUUCAACGCUCGUCAUCCAGCUGCAGCCAGCAACACAAACAGCACCUCCUGUGCCUGUUUAUGUACAACAGGUGGCGGGAGCUUCACCUCUUCAAGGACUUCAGGCAUUUCUGAAAGGACAACCGAAAGCCCUUGGGACGGUCCAGAUAAUGAUCGGUCUGCUAACUCUCCUGUUUGGCAUUGUGUCUUCAGUUUAUGCAGAACCCAUCUUUGUCUUUAGUGGUCUUCCUUACUGGGGAUCUCUCAUCUACAUUACCGCAGGCUCACUCUGCAUUGCUGCAGAAAAUAAAAUGAAUUCCCCCUCCAGUGUGUGCUUGGUGAAUGCGUCACUGGGAAUGAACAUUUUCAGUAUUAUAACCGCAGGCAUUGCCAUUAUUUUACUUUCACUGGAUUUGGUUAUAGGUCCACGCAUGUACUGCUGGGGUUAUGACUGUAAUUAUUUAGACAGAAAUUAUGAGACUCUCUUCAGGGGAAUCAGAGGUGUGUUGCUGUUAUUCGCCGUGCUUGAGUUUAUCAUCUCCAUCUGUCUGUCAGCAUUUGCCUGUAAAGCCAACGGCUGCUGUUGUCCUCCUCAGGUGCAGUUUGCUCAGGUUUUAUUACCACAGUCCUCUGAUUUCAGACCCAUUCGUUUCCAGGAUCUUAACAGCUCAGAGAUACCUGUGGCCAGCAGCUCUUGCAUUUAUCACCCGCCUGCAGACGCUCCUCCACAAUACAGUGAAUACAAAUAAAUAUGAAUAAGUGGACAGUGUUGCCUUAUGAAACAAAAAUAUAUAUGGGAACGUAUUGGAAAAUAUAAUGCAAUAUAUUAAAUAAUACACGUCCAUACAUGGGAAACUAUACUGCAGUAUAUUCAUGGGCCAUGUGUGGCUAUACAUUGAUACAUAUAAAAAAUACACUUCAAAAGUGCACUGCAUUUUUACAUGUAAUGGCUUUAUUGAAAAACUCAAUUUCUCUUUUAAGAGUUAAUGCUUGGGUUUGCAUAUAGCUGAACACGUUCAUAAACUUUUCUAUCACUUUGUUUGCUGAGUUACACAUUUCAUAUAUGAAAAUAUUCGUGAUGUAUAAGAGAAAACUGCACUGAAAACAAAUAUUAAAGUUUUCUGUUUUUGGA